AUGCCCAAGGUAUCCCAGAACCUGGCCAUGCGCCCUGAUCUUGUGAAAGACGACUUCAUUCGCAACAAGCUGAAGGAGACGCAGAAUGCAAACCCUUCCAGAGACAUGAAAGGAACGAUGCAAUAUUUGUCACUGCACGAUCCGCUUGUAUUCCUUCCGGGUAUCCGCAAAAAGGUCCGUCUGAUGGAACUGUUGGAAUACGAGAAGGCCUUGAGUGCAGGCUCUGUUGGACAGGUGGACCUUUUUACCUUGAAGGAGGACAUCUCAGAGGAAUGGAAGACGUCCUUCAAAAAGUUGCUCCCUGCUGGUCAUGGCGACACAGUCAUUGUGAAAACCGUUUUCGAGGAGACGGAAAGAGCCUAUGAGAACGACUGGGCUUUGCUGGAGUUAUUUUUUACGAACUGCGGCGACAACUGUGACGCGAAAAUGCGGGUCAUGUGGAAGAUCCUGGAACCAAUGAAGAAAUCCAUCUUCGAUGAGUUUGACCUCAGGGAUGAGGCAACCUUCACUGCCAAGGGGAAGGCAAUGCUGGCGGAAUUCACGGAGGCCAUUCAAGAAGGUGAAUAUGAGCCGAUGCUCAAACCUGGAGAUCUUGUACUCACAACUCCCAAUGCUAUUGCCACUACCUCCAAGUACUUCUUGAUCCAGUCCAUCGCUUCUGGAACUCCCUUGAAGAAUUUCUUGGAAGACAGUGGCAGUCAGAUCGAGCAAUUGGUGGAUUGGAAACAGAAAAUCUACUCGGCCAUCUUGAUGGUCUAUGGGCACAUGGUGGUGAAGCAUGGUUUCUUUCAGUCAGACCCUCACAAUGGCAAUUGGUUUUGGGAGCCCAACAGCAAGACCGUGACGCUCAUCGAUUGGGGCGGCGUGGGCGACUUGGGCCCAGACACGCACUGCAAGCUGGCCAACCUCUAUUCCCACUUGGGCAAGCUCACGGAGGCCUGGAGCGACUGCGAAGCUGUAGAACUCCAAACUGUAGAACUCAAGGGGAUACAAGAGGUAUCCGGCACCUAUCAUCGUGCAGGAUUCUCGAUCUAUCAAGCCACUGAGAAUCAGACGGCGCUGUUUUAUGGCCGAACUUAUGGGAUCUCGUACUUCAACGAAGCGUUGGGUCUCAGGCUCUUCUACAAUGAUGACGGAAAGUGGAACGUGGUGCGAGAACACCCGGGCACCCAGGCCCUAACUGAAACCGUGGCCGAGUUGGAAACCAAAGUCACCGAUAUGAUGGAGCUGUCUCACGAGGUUCCAGAGAAGUGGAGUUUCAUGAACAAAAAGGGCAAAGUCGUGAAGAGAAAGACCGUGGUUGUCAAAAAGAAGGAUCCAAAGUCCUGUCACCUUCCAACACGCUCCCAGGCGUACUCCCUGGCUGCGUACAAAAUGGGCCUUGGAUUAAACUUUGCCUGCAAAGCGGAGGAUACCGUGGUCAUCCCUGAAGCGCCACUCUCGGAGGAUGAGGAUGCUAUGUCCAAGUGGGAGGACAAUGGCAAGAGGCAACUGGGUCGCUUGGCCAUGAAAGCUGUAUCAGGACGACAGAAGAAGAAACCUUUUUGGAGUGGGGCCGCUCCGCAGGAAGAAAUGACUUGGGGCUUGGGGCGGGUGAACAUCAUGAAGAGUUCAAAGCUGAUUGCAACAGGCACUGUCAAGCUGCCAGACAACAAGACCUACGACCUUGACGAAGAGCCCAAGGAUGUUGAUGUCGAAGGCCCCUGGAUCAGCAGAAGUCGAGGAGAAGCCCAAAAUGGGGUCCACAUGGGUCAGGAAUUGGAUCCGACCAUUUUGGUAUCAUUUUGUCAGGUUACUUUCUUUCAUGCGAACGGGUCAUGUAUGUAUAAUAUUGUAUAA